UUUUAUAUUAGAGCUUGGCGGUCCUGACAGUCAUUGUUACGACCCCUAUAUUUCAUAGUUGUGUUGUGGCUGAUUAUUUUUAUUUUUAAAAUUAUAUUAUGAAAAGUAUAUCAAGAUAUUAAGUGCAGAUAAGUGUAAACGUGUAACAAAAUUAAAUUAUAUCUAAUGAAUGUUUUUCAAUUGGGUUAAAUCUAAAUACUAUUAAGCAUCGCAUUUUAAACCCUCUCCUCGUUCACGAAGAACGCCUUAAAAAGAAUAUUGAAGCUGACAAUAGUUUUUGAAAAAGUUAAGCAAGCGUUCCUGAAGUAAAUUUAUUAGAAAUAAAAAAAAUGUUAAUAGUCUUUGAGUAAAAUGAAGUACUCGAGCAUGCAAGGAGAUGUGUAUGAGGUAGGUUUGCCUCAAAACCGUCUCCCUGAUAAUUUGUAUGAAAACAUGAUGACAGCUGCUAAUGAAAAUGUAGAAUUGGUUUGUGAAAAUUCUCAUGAAGAAAGUUCUAUGGUUUCUAAUCUACCACUUCUGUUUGCUGAUGGUUAUCCAACUUCUUUGGAAAAAAUAACAUUGACACAAUUAGAAAAUUUUAUAACAUUUAUGGUUCAGUGUUCAUUAGGACAUGAUGUUAAUGAAAUUAUAACCGAACCACAAUGGUGGCCUAAAGAAGUAAAAUUUUCUAAUCCUUUAAUACGACCUAAAAAGAUAACAGAUAAUUGGAUGGCAAAUCUAAAAAAGUUAGUAUUCAGAUGUUAUACUUAUCACAAAAGUGAAUAUUUGUUACGUUUUUGUUCAUAUCUUGCUCAAUAUCCGCAUGAAGAAUUAGAAUAUGUUAAUAAUUGGGACUCUACUACUAGUUUGUAUCACAAAAGUACUGGAAAACUGUUAGUAACAUUCCGUAAUGAGAAUAUGAAUUAUGAUAAAAAGAACGACAGUCCAAGGAAGACAUUACUUUUUCAUAAUGGAAUCACAUCCAAUUUUACAAAUAAAUCAAAACAACAAACACAAUCUUUUAUGAUGGUUCAACCACCUUGUGAUGAUAUAUAUCUUUGUGACAAUUGUGAUGCUGAAUUUAUAGGACUUGAAAAAAUGAAGGAACAUGAGCUGACUUGUUGUGAGCAACAUGAAACUAACAGCUCUCGCUCAACUACGCCAGACUUAUCCACCAUAAAAUCUGAAUCAAGCCAAAAUCAGUUUUUGGAAUACUUUCAAUUGUCUUCGAGAGAAAAAGAAUGUAAAAUAAUUGAAUCAAAUAAAAGUGAAACAAUUAAUAUGUGUAUAGCAACCAGGACUUCACCUCGUGUCAGAGGAUCAAUUAAUUUAACAAAAUGUCGAGCAAUUCCAUUUUCUUCACCUGCUGGUAUAAUAUUAGCGAAAAAAUCAAAGACAAUGACUGAAGAAACACAGCAAGAACGAUUAGAAAGAAUAGAAAGACAUGUACUUGCACCGCCUAUAACAAGUUCGUUUAGACCAAAAUGGUUAGAUAAAGAAGAUGACCAUGAUAGAUGGCUAACAACGUACAAAUCUAACCGAGAUAAACCAGUUAAUGAUUAUGUACAUCAAUAUAAAUUCUCUGAUUCUUUAAGAGGCAAGCCAGUGUUAAAUAUAAACUCACAAAUCCUAUAUGCUGCUUGUCGACCUUUUUAUGUUAUUCUCACGCGAUUGCAUCAAAAGCAAAUAGAAGAAUCCAAACGAAAUUCUCUUAAACAUCCAAGUUCUGCUAUAAAACCAUUAUAUACAAAAGCUGGACCGGCAUCGAAAACAAAAUUAAAACAAUAUGAAACCAAUUUGAUGUUAAAAUCUAAAAUAUCAGAAAAAACAGAACUUGAACCAAUGAUAAUAGAAGAAGAAUCUAUGCCAACAACACAACUUAAAACAUCCAUUACAUCUGUUAAUUAUUAUUCUGAAAACAAGGUUGUCAAUGAAGACAAAAUAAAAGAAGUAAUACCAUGUUCAGUAACACAGAAAUCAAUUACGGUUAUUGAUCUUUGCUCAUCCGAUGAAGAAGAAGUUUCGAGCGUACAUACAUCUGAUGAGAUUCGGGACCCAAUAAAUUCUUUAUUCAAAGAAAAUUUGUUACCAAAUCUAUCAACAAAUAAAGUUUGUUCAAAAGCUUGCAUUUAUCCUGCAAAUUCAACAAAUCAUUGGUUAAUGCAAAAUAUUUUUAGCGAAGAUAAUGAAAACCACGUAAACAAAUGUCACAUUGGUGGUGUUUUAGACACGUGUAUUCAACUUUCUCCAAUACUAAGACCAGCACCGUGAAGCACAACAAAUAGGAUAUUUUAAUUUUAAAUGCAUCGUUAUUGUUAUCAAUAUUUAUUGUUUAUCCUUCAUAUGAAUAAUAUGAUAACAAACAAAUACUCCUUAUUAUGUCAACAUUGAUUCCAUAAUACUUUUUAUAAGAUUGGUUUAAAAAGUAUAUUAUCACUUACAGCACUGGGAUAUAUUACAAAUGUACAUAAUAGAAGUGGUAUUUAUCAUCUUGAAUCAUGAAAAUUUUUUAAUCAUUUUGAAAUUUUGUUAUCUGUUUGUACAAAAAGAUAACGUAAUAUUGGAAAAAAGUUAAAAAAAAAAAGAAAAGAAAAGAAAGAAGUAUUAAUUUCUUUUUCCGAAAUUAGGAAUGAUAUGCAAAUAAAUUAUUGCUAAUUUCUUUUCUGCUAUACUAUAAUUACUUGUAUAUACAAGUAUGUUUGUAUUCAAAAGUAUAGUUGUGUUAUUAUGUGUACGUGAAUAUUAAAAAUGUAAGUAGAAUGACGAGCGAUAAUAGCGCCUGAUAAUGAUAGUUUUUAUUUUUUCCUUAUUUCAUUAUAAUCAAUGUUAUUGCGUGCACGUUUAAGGGCGUUCCCCGUCAUGCGCUAUUAUUGUUUCUAGUUGCAAUUUUAUUGCAUAAAUUUUGUGCAAUUAUUUGCAUAAAGGAUACAUUAUUUAUGAAGUUUUAAUGAGCAACGAUAAUCUUAAAUUAAACAAAUUAUAAAUAAAUGUUAGUAAAAAAAUGAAAGGUAAUCUCUUUAGAAUUAUUCAUUAAAAAUAACACUUUACAAUAAAUAUUUUUAUAUUAUAAAGACUGCUUAACAAAUUAUCAAUAUUUUAUUUAUUUUCAUUAAAUAUAUAUUUUGUACAUAUAAAAACAAAUAAUAUGAUUUUUAUUCCUGUUUUUCUUUAAAUCCAAAAAUCUUUUCUUUAAAAAGAGAAAAUAUUUUCUCUUUCCAAUCUUUUUCAAUAUGUUUCAAUACUAAUCGUUUUGUACAUAUAUUAUGAAGUGGACCAAAUGCUAGAGCAACUGCUGUGCAUGCUAAACAGAUCACAUUAUAUGGCAUACUAAAAUCAGGAGUAGGAAGACUGAUGAGUAAAGAUUCUGUUCUCAAUUGCACCAGAUAACUAUCUCGUGAGGCAUUAAAGCUGAAAAAAGCAUUUGUUCAAUCAUAAUAAUAAUACAUUUUGUUAUAUAUAAUAUAUGAUUUCAUUAAGAGAGAGAAUUAUACAGAAAUAUAAUUAAAUAUAUGUACCUUGAUGUUAUAGUACUUCCAUCAAGAGGUAAAGCAGUAUAAUUUCGUGCAAUUGGUAGUAGUGCUGUGAUAAUUGCUGGACCCAUAUAAAAUCCAUGAUUUGCAUCAGGUGGAUAUUCUUGCCAUUUUAAAAAUAAAUAUUCUAUUUCUAUAGAAAACUUUGUAACUGAAUGAGGUGGUAGGCGUAAAAUUAAUUCUAAAUAAUAUGGAUUUAUUCUUUCUUUUCCUGGCAUGUAAUGAAGUGCUACUGUAAUUUUUUUUUAUAAUUACAAAUAUUAUAAUCCAGUCAAGAUUAUUUUUAAUUAUAUAUAUUUUAAAACAAGAACAAAAAAGUCAAAGUAAAAUGUAUUUAGUAAUUGUAUUGCAUAUGAAAAUAAUGAUAAAAUUUUAAUAAUAUUAUUAUUAAAUAAAAGCAGCUAUAAAUUGUCUUACAUGGAAUAACAUUUUCCUCAUUACAGGUGAUUUUAAUUGUGUGCAAGUAGACUGAUAAAUACCAUGGAAUGUUUUCUAAUAGUACAAUAUUAAGUGCCUGCCAGUGAUUAUUGUGUAUCUUUGUUACUAAACUACCUUUUUGUUGACCAGAUCCUAUGAAAUAUAGAAUGAAUACAAGCUUUACUUUAUGACACAUAAUAAAGAUUAUAAUAAAAAUUAACAUUUCUAAAUAAAAAAUCUUUAAAAUUUUUUAUAAAUAAUGCUUAUCUAUAUAACUAUUAUAAAUCAUUGUAAUAAUCAUGAGUAGGACAAAAACAUACCUAUAAUAUAUCUAUUUGCAUAAAGAAUAGAAGGAUAAUUAACAACUGCAGUCUUUGUUGUACUAUGCUUAACUGCAAUAUUAAACAUCCCUUCAAUAGAAUGCGAUUUAAUAUCAUAUAUAGCAAUAUUAUUCUGUUGUCCUCCACGUAAGCUUUUAAGUUUGACCGUGGGUGUAGGAAUUAUUUUAUAAACAUGAUGCGUUUUAUUACUUGAUAUAUCAACAUAUAUGUUACUUAUUGUUGUAAGAGGACAUGAUCCCUUAAUUCCCAUUCCAAAAAAUUUUCUUAUAGACCAAUCCUAUAAUAACGAAUAUAACAACUAAUCUAAAUAGUAACAAUUGAUCUUCUUUUAAAAUCUUUAUAUUUAUGUUAACUCACCUGUGUAUCUACUACAUUAUCAUAUAUUAAUGAAACCGUCUGUUGCAAUUCUAAAAAUGUAUCUGUACAAGCUAUAUUACCACAUAUAGAGCGGAAAUGUAUACCAAGAGAAUGAUAAUUUGUAUUAUGAAUGUAUGCAGAAUUUAAUAAAGUUGCUAGACCUUUCUAUAAAAAUAAAA